GCGAUUUGCCGCAUAAUGUAUGCCUAUCUUCCAGCUGUUGUAGCUUUGGUUUUCUUGUGGCAAGGGGGAAUAUGAAAACUUAAAAGAGAUAGUUAUUUAAGUUAUGGGUUCGAAAAACAAAUUUCUGCGAUAUGGACUACCGUUUGUGACGAUGGUUGUGGUUGGAUCAUUUGGUUUAAAAGAAUUUUCCGAGGUUAGGUACAAAUUCAGGAAGUUCAUGCCCCUAAAACCUGAAGAAGUCGAAAAGGCCAACAUAAAAAUGAAGAAACCUGGUGAUGUGACUUUAGAAAGCGAAUACGAAAAAUUGAAACAGAUUGACAUUGAUAACUGGCAGAGCAUAAGAGGUCCAAGGCCGUGGGAAGAAGACACUCUCCCCAAGAAGGAUAAAAAAUUAGCAUAAACUAUCUGCAGAUGCAAGAGACUGUUACCCUGCCAAUAUGAUGGUCGUAGAGAUCAGGUGAUGCAAGAAUUGUGAAGCAGAAACAAUAAACUUCCUUAAGAAAGAAUGUUGGCAUUGUAACUGCAGCACUGUCAAAUAGCGAAUGUUGUUGUGUAAUAAAUGUAGUAACAAAUA